GGAUGCAUCUGGAUUCCACCGUCUGCGUCGCUCGCAUGUUUACAAUCACAACGCGUGUGAUCUCCAACCAAGAGGCGAGGUGCACGCACAUCAAAUCAUAAGGGUACCUGUAAGUGAUUUGGAAUGCCUGCAGUUGGGAAGAUGGGAGGUAAGGAGAAAAAGAAAGCCACAAGUGUGAAACGCAAAAACCCCAUUGGAGAGCCUGCAAAGGAUUUUGCCAGCCCAGAGAAGAAAGCUAGAAACGACAACAAAACAUCAGCCAAGAAGAAAAAACCUCCCAUCAAUGAGAAUAAAACUGCCAAGAAAGUUUUGCCAGAAAAUCAGAAUCCUCAAAAAACUGAUCAGGAGGUUGUGAAUGAGAGUAAGAAGCAGCAGAAGAAAGCAAAGGUCGGUAAAGAUAGUCAAGCCAGUGCUGUCAGCAAAGUGAAGCCAGCCAAAAAGAAAAGUAGUCUUGUCAAGGAAUCAACCAAGGACAGCAAAACUGAUGAGGCAUCUUUAGAUUCAGUACCCCUAACAGGUGACUUGUUAAAAAUCUACCAGAAGAGAAAGGCAGAAAGAAAUGCAAGAUGCUUCCGUGUCAUAAUCCGUACUUCGGAGGAGGAUGAAGAGGAUGAGGAAGUGGAAUUUGAAAAUGCUGUGUGUGUACGAAGUUUAAAUAAUGGUUUUUACUUUGUGAACUACAAAUCGGAAGAAAUGGCUGAGAAGAUGAAAUCAGUAUUGGAGGAAAGAGAUGAUGUAAUUGUUGUUAACCGAAUGCAAAAUAAAGAAAUUGAUAACAUUUGUAUAAACCCUUUUCGAUUGUUUAUGGAAAAUGUACCAGUUCAGACUACUUUUGAAGACUUAGAGAAGUUGUUUACAACAGCAUCAGAGGUUGUUUACAUGCCUAACAGAUGUUUAGCUCACAUGAUAUACAAAUCCAAAGAAGAGGCAGAGAAGGUUUUCAGAGAGGCUGAUGAUAUUGAAAUCCACGGAGCAAAGAUGACCGUGCUGUAUGUGGACAAUACACCGAAACGCAAUUGGCGAAAAGAAAAAUUACAGAAAAUUAAGGCUGUUAAGAAGAAAAAGAAGCAAAAGAAACUACAGAAAUUGCUAGCACAGUAGUGGACAAGAAAUGACUAAUAGCAGUAACGUGAGAAUGAUAAAUAAAACAAUUGAGAAAUCUGUGAAUAUAUUUACUGAAUUAUUAACUUUUUGACCUUGAAAAAA